CAUCCGCCCGUGACUUGUACCAUCAGCUCCUUCUCUCCCUUCCUCUUGCGUCACACUUGCAGCGCGCGCGUGCCUCGCCGCCGCCUUCUGCUUGCGCUCCCGGCCUCGCCGCGCGCGCCGCGCGGCCCGCGCACACACGCGCCUCUCUGCGCUGCGCUCCCGGCUCCUCGUUGCUCGGCCCCUUGGGCUGGCCGCAUCAUGGCCUCUCGAGCUUCGUCCAGCCGCGCUGCUCCACGCGCAUCCUCCUCGCGCGCCUCCGUCGAUCUCUCCGCCACGUCUCCCGACCUCGGCGGCGCAGACGCCUCCUUCAGCGAGAGCGGCAGUGCUGCUCCUUCGCGCUCUCGCCGGCCUGCCAGUCGAGCUACGCCUGUGACUAGCUACGCAUACGGCGCUCCGCCCGACGCAGAAGCACUGCGACGCGCACGCGAGAAUCGCUCGCUCGAGAACGUGCGUGCUGCUGGCGGCGAGGCAGAGCAGCCAGAGGAGCCGCUUCUUGGAAAUGUUCGCUAUGCCAGACUGAAGCAACGUUCAACGCAGGAGCACGACGCAAGCGUAGCUGCCUCUCCUGCGCGUCGCUCUUCGCGUCGCAGUGUCGCAGGCAGCGAUGCUACUUCACAGGCCGGCGGCGCAGCAGCAGGCGGAGGAGUGGGAGCAGGAGGGAGACAGCACAUUGAUGCGAUUGAGGAGGACGAGGGAGUCGACAGUCACGAUGAGGCAGAGGAACGUCGCGCGGCUGCUCGGCAUGCCGCCACUUUGAACGCUGCGGCUGCCAAGCCGCCGGCGCCUCGCUCGCAAGCCUCGAGCGCUGCGUCGUUCUCGCGCGGCACCAACGGCGGCAAUGGCCAAGGAAAAGCGACGUAUAGCUUCUUCGUUCGGCCUGAACGCGAACGAUCUGCCUCUCUCGCACUCGACGAUGCGGCGUCUGCCGGUGGAUCUCGCGUCCUAGGCUCGACGCUGCUUCGAGGAGCCCAACGACCUUCGCACGAUCCUCUCUCACCUCCUCCUCGCCAUGCCGACGUAAGCGCCAACAUGUCGAGCAUGCGCAGCAGCGAUGGAGAGUCUCGAGCCGACUUCACAGAGGAAGCUGCGCACGCCGCGCGACUGCAGCAACAGCAAAGCACGCCGAGAGGCCGAGGACGCCUUAGCGGCAUGGCCUUCGGCUUCAUGGAUCGCGUGUCAUCGUGGGGCAGUCCGCGCGGCAACGGAGACGAGCAGAGUCGCGAGACGAACGGACACACGACGGAGGAGCCUCAACAGUCGAUGGACGACUCUGCCGCCACGCGGCGCAAGCCUGCGCCUCGCAAAGCGCGCAGCAGCAAGGACAACGCGCCGUUCCGUCCGACUGGCGACGAGAGCAGCGAGGAAGACGACUCGGAUGAAGGCAAGCAGCCUGGUCGACGCAAGCGUCGCUCGGACGGCAGCUCGGCCUCGACGUCGGCCAUUCGCGCGGGACGCGAGGACAACGAGAUCUGGUCGACGACGGGCAAGCGCAAGGCGUCGGGAGCGAAGAAGGCGAAGAGGAGCGGCGCUGGAGGAACAGGAGGUGCGAGUGCGGAAGUGGGGGAUUCGACGCUCGAGGCGCUGCAGGAGGAGGAAGAGGAGGGCGGACAGGGAGAGGUGGAACGGGCGGAAGCUCGUCGAGGGAUCAAGCGACAACGUCAGGAAGAUGGGAGCUGGCUGGCCAUGCUGCCUUCGGUGCCGACUGCCGUGCGAACGUGGGGCGUUCCUCUGCUCGUAGCUGGCCUCGCCGCAACAGGAGCAUACCACGCCGGCACUCUUUCCUCCUCCUCCUCUUCGUCUCUGCACGCAUCAAGCCCGACGUUCUCGGCGCCCAAUCUGCCACCUUCAAGCGUCGAAGGUCUCGUCUCUCGCCUUACGAACCUCGAGGGCGCAGUGUCGCGCCUGAGCGCCACGACGGAGAGUGUGCGUGCGCAGAGCGACGAGGAGACUCGGGCGCGUCUCUCGCUGGGACUGCGUGUGGCACAGCUGGAACGCGGCAUCAAGGAGGGCGCGUAUGGACUUUCGGCACUGCAGCGCAGCGUCGAGGAGGAGAAGAUGGCUUCACAGCGACGGCUUGCGGCGCUCGAGACGACGGGCGAGCGCGCUCGCACGGAGAUGGCGAGAUUGAGAGAGGAGCUGCAGCUCAUCGAGAGCCGCGCAAGGAACAACGCCGCCGCUCUCGAGAAGCAGCAGUCUGCGCUGGACGACAAGACGAGCAGCGCAGAGAGCAAGCGUCUUUACGCGCAGCUUGCGGCGCUCGAGACGCGCGCCAAGCGAGCCGAGGAACAGCUGGCGGCCUUGUCGGCACAGAGUGCGCGCGCUCAAGACGUCGCAGAUGCCGCACGCAAGACGCUCGAGACGCUGCAGCACGAUCUGCCGGCGCAACUGCCGGUGCGCAUGGACAGGCGUGGCGAACUGCACAUCGAGGCCUCCUUCUGGGAGGCCUUGGGCAAAGUCUUUGCCUCCAAGUCUUCGUCCGGCGCCUCGAGCUCGAGCGGCGAUGGCGAUGCGACGACGACGCCGGGCAGCUGGCGGCACUUCCUUGCGGCAAACGAAGCCUCUCUGCGAGCGCUUGCGCGCGAGGAGGUGCAAGGCGGCAUGGAGAAGCGCCUCGGCACAGGCGUGGUGCUGGAGCGCAGCGACUUCAUCCAGCUCCUCAACUCCGAAGUCGAGGCGCUGCAGACGAGACUCGAGACGCGCUUCCACGAGAAUGCAGAGGGCCUCUCCAGCGAGAUUCUCGGCAAGGUGCGCCAGCAGCGCGAGAUGUUCGAGGCGAGCGGCAGCUGGGCUCCUUCGAGACGCCACGAGGCGGCGCAUCCUCCCUCCGGCGGCGGCACGGCGCAGUGGAUGAAGCAAGUGCCGAAGUUGGAGAUGAAGCUCAAGGACGGCAGUGACGCGCGAGACUCGAUCCUCACUCUCAUCGACGCCGCUCUCGAGGCCUACUCGGCCGAUCGCGUGGCACAAGCCGACUUUGCCCUCUUCAGCGCCGGCGCUCGAGUCAUUCCGUCGCUCACCUCUCCGACGUACGAGCGAGCCUCGGGUCGCUCUGGCCUGCUGCACUCGCUGUCCUUGCUGCGCGGCGGCGGCAAAGGCUCGACGCUGCCCAGUCGCCCGCCGGUGGUGGCGUUGCACCCGGACAGCGCCGCCGGCAUGUGUUGGCCCUUCGCGGGGGAGGAUGGGCAGUUGGGCAUUCGCCUUGCUCGCGCCGUCGUGCCGACCGACAUCUCCCUCGAGCAUGUGCCGCGCGCCCUCGCAUUCGAAGACGCACGCUCGGCGCCCCGAGACGUGGCCGUGUGGGCCCUCGUGGAGCGCGCGCAAGACCGCCAGCGGCUGGCCGAGUAUCGCCGAGCAGAGGCUGCGGCGCGCGCCGCCGCCUCCUCUUCGCAAGCCUCCUCCUCUGACGACGACGACGACACGCCUCUUCCCGCACCGCCCAGCCCUCACCAUCUCCUCGUCGCCUCCUUUGCUUACGACAUUGCGCGCACCUCGCGCGCGGUGCAGACGUUUGCCGUCAGCGCCGAGGCGCGCGCCUUGCGCCUGCCCAUCGCGACGGCGCAGUUUCGCUUCCUCUCCAACCAUGGCCACGCCGAGUUUACGUGCGUGUAUCGCGUACGCGUGCACGGUGUGGAGUGGAAGGAGGAAGAGGAGUCGCAGGUGUAGC